GCAAACCGGUCGUGUUGUGUGUAAUUGUGUGUCAGGGUACCGUCAGGAUGGCGGGGAAGAGCGGGGAGGAAAAGAUGAAGGAGAUGGAGGCGGAGAUGGCGCUGUUUGAGCAGGAAGUUCUGGGGGCUCCAGUGGCUCCGUCUCCAGUCGAUCCCGUUCCUUUGUCCAUCCAAGCUGUGCCGAUUAUUCGUCCCGUUAUUGCAACAAACACCUACAGUCAGGUGCAGCAGAGUCUCCAGGCGAGGGCAGCAGCUGCAGCCAGUGUUGUGGGGCCCAAUUUUGUUUCACCAGUAACAUUUGUUGGCCCAGCCAUCCCUCCCCCUAGACCACCAGUGAUGAGACCCAGUUUCAUUCCUCAUGCUUUACAGCGACCGAUUGAGCCUCACGGAGCCAUGACUCGUCCUUCCUUCAUCCCCCAUGUCUUGCAGCACAGAGCUGCCGGACCCCGACACCCAGGAAUGCCUCCCCUACAGCCUUUAAUGGCCCAUCACAUGCACGGCCCACCCCCACCACUGAUGCGACACAUACCUCCUCCUCCACUGGGCAUGCGUCCCGGCCCCCCUCCUGCACCAAUGGGACCUCUACCUCCCCCACCCCGUCCCAUGGUACAGUCUGCUCCAAAAAUCAACCCUACAGUCAUCCAAGCUGCCCCCACUGUCUAUACUGCACCCCCAGUAAGGAAGCCAGAGGAGGAAAUUGUGGAACCCCCAAUAAUACCAGAAGAGAAGGAAAGUCUUAGCUAUGAAGAAACCGUUAUUGGCCCCAGUAUGCCUGAAAUAGAACCGGUGCAACCUGAGGUGGUGCUGGAACCAGUACAAGAGGAUAAAAAGAAAGCAAAGCCGGAGAAAUUAAAACGGUGCAUUCGCACUGCAGCCGGGACGUCUUGGGAAGAUCAAAGUUUAUUAGAAUGGGAACCAGAUGACUUUCGGAUAUUUUGCGGGGAUUUGGGAAAUGAGGUGAACGAUGACAUCCUUGCUCGCGCUUUCAGCCGCUACCCCUCCUUCCUGAGGGCCAAAGUCAUCCGGGACAAACGCACGGGGAAGACUAAAGGCUACGGGUUUGUGAGCUUCAAGGAUCCCAAUGACUACGUGAGAGCCACGCGAGAGAUGAAUGGCAAAUACGUAGGCUCUCGCCCUAUAAAGCUGCGGAAGAGUCAGUGGAAGGAUCGCAAUAUAGACGUUGUGCGCAAGAAGCAGAGGGAGAAGAAGAAGCUCGGCCUGAGAUAGACAAUGGACUGAUCUGGAACAAUAGACAUAAACUCUAUAGAUUUCAGCUCUUUGUCUAAUUUUGAGGAUGCUCUUAUCUCUCCAGCUGUUAGACACAGCCCUUGCAAGCGCCCCAUUUAACAGCUGGAGGGCCACAGCGUUGCCUCCCUACACUAAGACUUUUACAUUUCUCCUGUUUGAUUGGUUCUGAGUAGCCGACAAAUGAGCAGUGUCCGUUUUGCUUUGUACUUAUUGCGCUUUCCCGUUUACUACCCAGGACUAGCGGCUCCAUUAUAUUCUAGUCCUGUGUGUGUUCCCCCUGCGUUACUUUUUAUUCAAUGAAGGAAUGAUGUUGUGUUCAUCUGCACUGGAUGUAUUCAUUAAACCUUAACGGGCCGCAAUCUGCUCUUACUGAAUCCACCA